AUGUCGGGGAAUUCGGGCAUGGAUAUGCUCCAGGAGUCGGGUUGGGAGGAGCUCCGAAAAGAGGCCCGCAAGAUCGAAGGUGAUCUUGAUUUCAAGCUAUCUUCUUAUGCUAAACUUGGCGCUCGCUUCUCCCAAGGAGGUUACGUGGAUGCUGGUUCACCAACUGCUGGCUCCAGCAGGUCAUGGAAGUCCAUGGAAAUGGAGAUUCAAUCAUUGCUUGAGAAGCUAGUGGAUGUAAAUGAUGCUAUGAGUCGAUGUGCAGCAUCUGUGGCCCCUACUACUUCAGUUACUCAGAAGCUUGCAAGACACAGGGACAUACUGCACGAGUUUACCCAGAUAGAUGAUGUGAUUGGUCAAGCUCAAGCAACUCGGGCUGUGUUGGGCUCCCAACGAGCCUUGUUUGGUGAUGUUCAAGGAAAAGUGAAGCUACUUGGUGACAAAUUCCCUGUCAUUCGUGGUCUAAUUGGUUCAAUCAGGAGAAAGCGAUCAAGAGACACUCUCAUCCUAUCUGCAGUUAUUGCUGCUUGUACGCUCUUUCUUAUUAUCUAUUGGCUUUCAAAAUAA